AUGGACUCCUCCACGCCAUAUCAAGGUACCCGAUCCGUCUGCAGAGACCGGAAAAACCACCAACAAUACAACAGCGUCCACCUCGACCCCAGAUACAGUGACCUGACUACCGUGUGCGAAGAUGAUAAAUACGCUGUGCACAAAUGCACAGUCCGCCCACGAUCAGCCUUCUUUGCCAAAAACAUAAGAGCCACUUCCAUCAAAGGGAUGACUGAGCAUCUCUAUCACCUAGACUACAAGGUGCCACUUCACUGUCUAGAAACAGACGUCCUCACUCGGCUAGACAACUACACAUCGGACACGGACACGGACACCACGCAGACCCCCAGUGAACCAGUUGAAGAUCCGGCGAAUAGGGUUGAUCUUAUAUUGGUACACAUAUUGAUGUACACUCCCACAGGCCGAAUAUUAAUUGAGGGGAUGAAGGAGCCUUCAAAGGAUGAUCAAGGUCUGCGAGACAUGGUUAUUAAAAUACCCAUGGAUAAUUCCAAGGAGCUGAAAACAGCGCAAGUGGCACCCUCGGCUUUCCCAGAGAGCUUGGUGAGAUCUACCCCACAAUAUGCGUCUGACUCGGCCGUGGUAAUUAUAGAAAGGACGGUAUCCAACUGGCAAAGCUAUGAAAUGUGCAGGACAGACUGGAACGAAGACUACUAG